AUGGGCUGCAUUUAUGAGGCCAUGGAUAUGGAUAAGGAGGCCAUUCAUGAUAGCUUUUCGAAACCGGAUGACUACAACACAACUUUUUAUAAAGAUGUAAGUGGGGUAGCUUGUGAAGAAGUAGAAAAAGGUUUGUAUGAUUGCAUUAUGAGGCUUGUUCCCGAGCAACAAGAUCAAGACAAGAUUUCAAAGGAAUUGGAUAAAUAUCAGAAUGCACAAAGACUAUUUGUUGAUUGGUGGGAGCAUGUGGAUCUUCAACUCCUAAUCUAA